AUGGCUACCCACGACCACUCACGGCAGCAUUCCCAUACACAUGAUGGUGAUGCACAUGGUCAUACACAUGAGAUCCUCGAUGGUCCUGGCUCUUAUCUGAAUCGGGAGAUGCCUGUGAUUGAAGGACGCGAUUGGAACGAUCGAGCGUUUACUAUUGGCAUUGGAGGACCAGUAGGCUCGGGGAAGACAGCAUUGAUGCUGGCACUCUGUCUAGCAAUGCGUGACGAAUAUAACCUCGCUGUCGUGACGAAUGAUAUAUUUACUAGGGAGGAUGCCGAAUUCCUCACCCGUAAUAAGGCGCUCUCUCCGUCCCGCAUCCGCGCCAUCGAGACCGGCGGUUGCCCACACGCUGCCGUUCGUGAAGAUAUCAGUGCAAAUUUACUGGCCUUGCAAUCGCUCCAGCGACAAUUCCAAAGCGACCUCCUCCUGAUAGAAUCCGGGGGCGACAACCUAGCAGCCAACUACUCGCGUGAACUAGCCGAUUUCAUCAUCUACGUCAUCGACGUAGCUGGUGGGGACAAGAUUCCCAGAAAGGGAGGCCCUGGUAUAACUGGCAGUGAUUUGUUGGUCGUGAAUAAGAUUGAUCUGGCAGACGCAGUCGGCGCGGAUUUAUCUGUUAUGGAGAGAGAUGCAGCGAAGAUGAGAGAAGACGGCCCGACGGUUUUCGCAGAGGUGAAGAGUGGGCGAGGGGUUGAGCAUAUCGUUGAGCUGAUUUUGAGCGCGUGGAAGGCCAGCGGGGCAUAUGAUGUAAGUUUGCAAAGGUGGAAAGGCGGGGCGGUUAGGGGAUCUGGGACAGUUUGA